AUGGCGAAGAAGACUGGAGUAAAAGGGAGCAUUCGAUUGCCCGUGAAGGCUCAGAAGCCCAAGAAAGACAAUAAGAAAGCUGAGAAGGAGCCAGAAGUGGCUCAGGACUCACCGAGUGAUGAUUUGGACGACGAAGACGACGUAGACGAAGACGAUAGCGAAGCCUCAGGCAGCGAGUCAGAAGCCUCAGAGUCUGAAUCAGAAUCCGACGCAGAAUCCGAAGCAGAAUCCGAAGCAGAAUCCGGUUCAGAAUCUGAUUCCGACGCAAUGCCCAAGAAAAAGAGAAAAACUGGCGAUGGUUCGCAAGAGUUCGCCAAUGCAUUUAACGCAAUUAUUGGCUCUAAACUUAAAGCUCAUAGAAGAAAUGACCCGAUUAUGGCUCGUUCGAAGAAUGUACAGAAGCAGCUCGACUCGGCUAAGCUUGAGGCGAAAGCAAAGAAGCAGCUUCUUGCUGAAAAGAAAGCAUUGCAUGAUAGUCAUCGGGUGAAAAACUUAUUGCCCAGUGCCAAUGAACCUGAAAAAGUACGAAGUAUGAUUGAGGAUGAAAAGAAGUUGAAAAAAGUGGCCCAGCGUGGUGUAGUUCGGUUAUUCAAUGCCGUUUUAUCCACACAAAUCAAGACUACUCAGGAAGUAUCAGGCGAGAAAGUGGGUUUAGUAAGGAAAGAAGAACUCCUUAACGAAGUGAGCAAGGAACAGUUUCUUGACUUGGUCCAGGCUGCGGGUCAUACAUAG